AUGACCAUCCGAGAUGACCAGGAUUUCCUGAGCGAAAACGAGCGCCAAUAUCUCGCUAAUUGCUUACGUCAUCCGCCAUAUUUACGUGCUGAUGGUCGCGAACUUCUUCAGCAACGUAAAGUUUCGAUUCAAUUUCGACGUAAUGAGACUGCGAGUCAAGCCGAAGUGCAGCUAGGUCGUACUCGUGUUAUUGGCAACGUCUACGGAGAGAUUGUACCACCAUUUCCAGAUAGACCAACUGAAGGAUUUUUACACUUUAUUGUCGAGCUAUCACCCAUGGCAUCACCAAGUUUUGAAGCCUCUGCAUCUGCUAGCCGCAACGCUGCUUCUUCUAUUGCAGCUGCUGAAUUAGCGAGACUUGUGGAGCGUGGCGUGCGUGAGAGUCGUGCGUUGGAUACAGAAGCGCUUGCAGUUGUGGCUGGUGAGAAGGUUUGGGCAAUUACGUGCCACGUUCAUGUAGUAGAUCAUGGCGGCAAUCUUGUAGAUGCUGCAUCAUUGGCUGCCAUUGCAGCUCUCAUGCACUAUCGUCGGCCAGAAGUAGCAGUAAAGCAGGAUGCAAGUGGUAACGGUGGCGUAACCGUUUACAGUGUGGAUGAACAUGCGGCAGUUCCCCUGAGUCUUCACCACAUCCCCAUUUCGAUAUCGUUUUGCUUUCUGCAGGCUACGAGUCGGCAGAAAUCUGAUGAAAUGGAUGACGAUAUUGAUGCUGAUGAGGAUGGUGAACCUAUCAUAUUUAUGGAUCCAACUGACCAUGAGGAGCACAUCACAGAUGCACGCAUGAGCUUUACGUUUAAUUCUUUUCGUGAGCUUUGCGCUGUGCACAAAAUUGGUGGAGCUGCCAUGUCUCAAACGACUGUGCUCCGGUGCGCGAACGUGGCAGCAGCGCGAGUCAUUGAGUUGACAACAUUCCUUAAAGAGGAGGAAGAGAAAGCAGACAAGUUGGCUGUGCAACGUCGCCGUGCGCUGCUUCGUGGUCGUGCUUUUGCGGAUGUUUCAUCAACUGUAGACGAAGCAGUCACCAUCAGUCCUGUCGAAAAGGUUGAUCUGGGCGCCAUGACAGACUUCUCGACACUGCAUGCACCCAUUGCACUGCGCGAUGAUCCUACAGUAGAGGAUACAACUCACCAGGUAUCUUCUAUGGCGGAAUUAUUAGAAUCGCUCGAGCGCGCUGCCAACUUUACAGAAGAAGACUUGCCUCGGCCAGUAACAGCCGGUCUUGCGAUGACUGACGCAUCUCGAGAGGAAUUUCGACAGCUAGCAAACAGCGAAAUAGUGCGUGAUUUGAUUCAGAGUAACUCAAAGGAGCAACCAUUAGCUCACCAGACUAUCAGAAAAAAACUACCAGAAAGUGAUAGCGACAGCGAAGAGGAGCAAGUUGUGCUUCAGAGUGAAUACAAAAAUAUCAAGGAAUACGCUAGUGCGAAUUCAAAUGCAGAUGUCAAGAAAGAGCAAAAUGUAACAAUGGCGACAAGUUUUGAUGAAGAAGACGAGGAAAUGGAUCUCUGCGCCGCCAUCAAACGCAAAUAA